UACAUAGACAUACUGCUUCUCCGCCUCCUUCUGAGUGCUUGCUGUUCGGGACUGGACAAGAAACAAUGUAAAUGCUCCCCCAUCAGAACUGAAGCUUGAGAAAAUCCGCCAGUGAUGGAUGUGAGAGAUGGAGCAGUGGCGUGGGAAGCGCUAGCUAGCCGGGACUCGUGUUCCAGAGAUGCUGCCAUGGAGCUCAUUGAGCAGGAGGUGAAGAGGAAGGUGGAGACUAUAGGGCCAAUUCAGAAGACAUCAUCAUCAUCAUCAUCAUCAUCGACUCCUAGGACGACUGAAGAGCUUAACUGCGUCCUGGCACGUGUCCUCAUGCUGUCCAAGAGGUGUCCUUACGAAGACGUAAGGGAAAGAUGCAUCUGGCUGCUUCGUAGCGUUCAGGACAUGGGAGUGCGAAUCCCCAGGCCAGUGGGAAACGGACCAAGCAGAUUCAUCCCAGAGCAAGAGAUCCUUCAAGUCAGCAAAGUGGACACCAGAACGCAGUCGAUAUUCAAGGACGCCUUUUCGCAUGGCCGGCUCGAUAAUGUCUGCCUGGUGAUGGGUUUCCAUCCUCAGUAUCUGGACUGCUUCCUGAGGACGCAGCAUUACCUGCUUCAGAUGGAUGGACCCUUGUCCCACCAAUACAGGCACUACAUUGGCAUAAUGGCUGCUGCCAGGCACCAGUGUUCUUACUUGGUCAAUCUGCACGUGAAUGAUUUCCUGCAGGUUGGGGGUGACCCCAAGUGGCUGAAUGGACUCGAUGGUGCCCCACAGAAACUACGAGCCCUGGGAGAACUCAACAAGAUCCUGGCUCACCGGCCAUGGCUGCUCACAAAAACGCAUAUUGAGAAUCUACUGAGGACAGAGGAGCACAGUUGGUCUUUAGCUGAGCUGAUCCAUGCUGUGGUGCUACUCACACACUACCACUCUUUGGCCUCGUUCACCUCCGGCUGUGGGAUCACGCCUGACAUUCACGCUGAAGGAGGACACACUUUCAGACCUCCCUCGCUCAGCAGCUACUGCAUGUGUGACAUUGCCAACGGCAACAGUGCUCUGGAAGAUAUGGUGGGAAACCAGCAGGAGAUGGAGGAGUCAGGCGAGGUGGAAGUGUUGAUGGAGAGGAUGAAGCAGCUACAGGAGUGUCGUGAUGAAGAGGAGGCCAGUCAGGAAGAGAUGGCCACGCGCUUCGAGCGGGAGAAGACGGCAAGCAUGCUUGUGGCCACAGCAGAAGAUGAGGAGUGUGUGCCGUCCAGGGAUGUCUCGAGGCACUUUGAGGACCCCAGUUACGGCUACCAAGACUUCUCCAGGAGAGGAGAGCAUGUGCCCACCUUCAGAGUGCAGGACUACAGCUGGGAGGACCACGGCUUCUCCUUGGUGAACCGGCUGUACCCGGACGUCGGCCAGCUGCUUGAUGAGAAAUUCCAGAUUGCGUACAACCUCACCUAUAACACAAUGGCCACACACCAGGGUGUAGACACCUCCAUGCUCCGCCGAGCCAUCUGGAACUACGUCCACUGCAUGUUUGGUAUCAGGUAUGAUGAUUAUGAUUACGGUGAGAUCAAUGAGUUGCUGGAAAGCAGCUUUAAAGUCUACAUCAAGACUAUAGUGUGUAGCCCAGAGAAGACCACGAAGAGGAUGUAUGAGAGUUUCUGGAGGCAGUUUCAGCACUCUGAGAAGGUCCAUGUGAAUUUGCUUCUUAUGGAAGCGCGCAUGCAGGCAGAACUGCUCUAUGCUCUAAGAGCCAUCACUCGCUAUAUGACAUGAAGUGCUAUUACCAUUUCUCUUUGUAAUUUCAUGGUUAUUGUUGUUGCUUUUGUGGAACACAUCAGUAAAAGUAAAAACAACAAAAAAGAGGAAAAAAUAGAAAAAAAUAAAAGAAGCCCUAAAGUGGAGGAUGACACCUAUCAUCUUUCCAGCGGACACAGAAAAUAAAAUUAAAAAAAAAAAAGAUGAAAGGAAAAGAGAGAAGUCGUCUGAACCUAUUUGUUGACUGCUCACUUGACCUGCAGUGCUGAAAUCCAGCAGCAGAGGGCGAUCUGUUUGCAAAAACAUGUAAUGGGGAAAGCCUGAGACUGCCAGCUUCUGGAAGUUAACCCUCCAUAUAGUGUUUCAAAUGCAUCUGGAUGAAGAUGCUCCUCAGAUGAUUAUUAUUAUGAGAUGAAAGGAGAACCAAUUACCACAACUCCAGUAUCGUAUCAGUGCAAGCAGUGUGCACUCUCUUGCCUUUCUACUCUUUGUGGUUUUGUUUCUCAUUUUUGUAUUGUUUUAUUGUAGUGCAGGUGACUAGAGCAAAAAGCAUUAGUGAAGCUGUGUAAACGUGUGCCUAGUCAUGUGCAGCACUGGAGCUAAACGCAGAGGUGCUGUUCGUUAAUGCUGCUUUUUUUUUUUUCAACUGAGAGGCAAUUGUGAGCCUCAAAACACCCAAACCAUUACCAAUUUCAUAAGCUAAGGUGUGGGAUGUGAGAGGGAGUGAGAAAUGAAAUGACUGUGUGAGAAGAGUGUGUGUGUGUGUGUGUGUGUGGUAAAGAGAGAGAGAGAUUCAAAAGAAACAGCUGUCUGAGCCCUUGUUUUUGGUUUACUGCAAGUUACCACUCUGUCUGUACUUACCGGUGUGUGUUAUAUAUGGAAAAAGAAAUAAAUCUUAUAGCCUUUUUUGGUAUUUCAGGCAUAAAAAAUAUCAAAGCACUUUGUUUCUGAAAUAUCAACAUAUGCUUCAGCUGUCAUGUAGCUUUUGUGCGUGUGUGUGUGUGUUGGGGGUGGGGGUUAAUGACCAUUAUCCUAAAUUCACUUUGUGUUGUCUGACUGAUUGAUCGAUAGAUUGAUUUAAGGACAAAACCAGUCUUCCUGUUGCUGUCAUGUGCUUCCUGUUUUGUCUGAACUCUGAACCCUUUCCCAAAUCCUUCACCUGUCUUCCCUUAUCACAUGGUCAUCUUUACGCUCAACAAGUGUUGUUGUGUUUUUUUUUUUUUUAAAGGGUUGUCAUUGUAAUAUAAAAAAAUACCUCCUGUUAUGUCUCCUUAAGAAUCUAAGUGCUCUUUGGUGAGCAGGAUCUUAUCGUGUGUAGUUGCCCUGCACAGGCUUCGACGCUUAGAGCCAGGCUCCCCAAAUGAUCAUGACAGACACUGCUUGUUUUUCAAGAACUUCAAGGAGUAUAACUAAGCAGUUUUUUAAAUAUUAUUUUAAUUGUUGUGAGUGAGUGUUUUAAGGAAUAUAGGUUCUGUGUUUACUUAAAAUCAUGUACUGCAUUCUGAUGGUGUCUGGAAGAGCUGGGCAUAGAAGAGUGUUGAGAAAGAAAAGAGGGAUGGUACUUUUUUUUGGAGAUGUAUGCCAAGAAGUAAUGAGUUUUCUAAACAAUCUUUAGAGACUGAUGUCAGUUACUGACACUUUUAUAAGAAAAUGUUUAACAAAAAAAUAAAGAAAAUAGAACAUUUUAAUCUCUUUUGUAUUACCUGAAUUUUGGUAAAUAUUCUUCUUCUUUUUUUUCCUGAUAAACAACAUGAGCAUAGAGAUAUCAGAGAUAAAUACCUCCAGUUGUGACAAUUUAGUGAACAACUGUCUAAGUGUAUUCAUAUCAUUAAAAAAAAAAAAAACCUCUUAGCCUGUCAAUUGGACACAAAACCCUGAUAUGGAAUGUAUGUUUAACCUUUUUACUCACCCACUUUCGUCACAAAGUUCAUGAAUUAAUAUCACAAAAAGGAAACAUCGUUACAACUAAUAAGUUCCUGGAAAUGUUAACAGUUGAAGCACAUCUCACCUAGAAGAAGAUUGUGCUAUGUAGUAAAAAGGCUCAGAGCAAAUCAGCAUGUUGGCUUCAUAGCCCGCAGUGUUGUGUCAUUCUUUGAUUUAUUUAACACGUUACUAAUGUUUUAAUUGGGAUAUCAUAAUAAACACUUAUUAUGCUUAUGACGUACUGAAUUAUUAAUUCUCUUCAUGGGACAGUUCUGAGGUUUAGUGUUCUAAGAUAAUUGUACAGAUGGUACCAGUAAAGUGUUCUUGUCGGGCUUAAAGAUAUGUUGGAGACGAAAAUCCAGUGCCAUUUUGUAUCAUUUUGCUGUAACUGUUUAACAUGAGAUCCUAACUCUGUCCUGUGUCCCUUCUGGUCUCUUUAAUAAAGAGUUUGAGAUCA